AGGCGGUCCCCACAGCCUGUCAGGGCUGAUGGGAGGCCGGAGGUGAGUGCGGUGAAACACUUCGACUGACGGCGCCGACGGAAGGGGGAAGAGGCUGCGCGGUUUGCGGUGACUCACUGUGAAGUAGUGGCAGCGGUUAGCUAGUGCGAGGCGAGCGACGCGUUAAAAUGACCGCAGGACGGCUCGUUCCCGGCGGUUCGGGGGCACGUGAGCGUCUGGACCGCAAGCCGACUUUCUGUCUGCGUCAUGGGAGCUAAAGAGGUGAACAAUGGUGCUGUGCCCUGAAGGUUGUACGUCCGGAUCAGGAGGAGAAUCUUCUGGCAGUGAGGCGGGUUCCAGCUGUCUUCAGUUUGGGGUUCGCUCCUAUCUGCAUCACUUCUAUGAAGAGUGUUCGUCCUCCAUGUGGGAGAGGGACCCAGAGAAUCGGGGGUCAGCCCACAGCCACAGAUCCGCCUUGUGGUGGAACUCAGCUGUCUGGAAGGUGUCCUUGGCUCUGGGUCUGCUGAUGCUGACAGCAGGUGUUGUGUCUCUCUCCAUCGCUUACUCCGCCCCCCACAAAAUCGAGUCCUUCGGCGAGGGAGACCUGUUCUUCGUGGACCCCCAGGCCAUCAGCUACAACAGGGAUCUGCACUUCAGCACGGCAUCCGGGAUCGGGCUGUCGUGCCUGGGCUCCGCGCUGGCUGUGAUGGGGGUGGUCGUCUGGGUCCUGCCCAAAGCCACCCUUAAAGAGCGGCUGUUCCUCCGACCGAGGGAAGCGGAUCAGAGGGGGGAGCUGGGCUCGAAGUGGAGGGCAUUCAGAGAUGGACCAGAUGUGAUAACUAAGCCGCCAGAUACAGGAGAAGGGAAGAUGCCUUUUACUUUGGCUAAAGUGAAAAACGUGCAACCCGCUUCCUAGAAAGAGGCACAGUAUCUGAUUCUGAACCCCUGUUUACAUCGCUUCUCUGUCGUCUCUGAUCAGAUUUUGUUCUGUGAAGUGAAUGUUUGUGACUUAAGAGAUCAGAAAAACACUUCCACACACUACAAACUCACACAUGCUGGGUAGUGCGUUCACAUUUUAAGUCUGAUUUUAAAUUAAAAAGUGUCCCAUCACCAUCUUCAAACCACAUCAGAUUUUUACAUUUUAUACAGAUCUUAUAUAGAGUCCCUAAUUUGGACUUAAAAAAAACGUUUGUUUGUUUUUUUAUUACUGAAGUUCUAAGGAUAACAAUUAUUUUCUUAAGAUUUCCUUAAAAUAUAGGUGUUUUUGAACGAAACUUUAAGCCAUAUUUUAUGAGCCCUAAAGAACAUUAGAGCCACCUGAAUAAUCAUAAACAGUUUUACUCUUUAACAAAAAUGAGACCCAGAGAAAUGACCCAUUUAACGUGAAGCAGCAGAAAAACAGAGCCAUCGACUGUGGGAUGUAUUUGUUCAGCACACAACGGUCAUAAUUAUAGUACACACACAGUAACAUACCAGAUAAUUUAUUGAGCACAUACUGUAUUGACUGAUCAAACACAAUAAAAGUAUUGGUACAAUAUAAGUUGUAAGGUUUACAAACGGCUUUCAGCUUGGGGUGGUUGACCGAAUGGUUCGAACUUGAAAAAUACAGUUAUAUUUUAUAUUUUGUACAGUGAAUUUGCCCUACCUAAGAUGAUGUUUUACACCAUUAACUACCACAAACGGUAUUCACCACAGAUGCACUUUAAAGAGCAUAUGUCAUCAUACCUGGAAAUAUUUUUUUUCGUACUUGUAGCUCAUGAUGGUUAUAAUAAAAGCACCACCUGUGAGACAAAAAGAUUGAGCACAAGAACUGAGAAGUCAACCUAGAACACAGAAGUCAUCUCGGUGAAAGCAUGAAUAGAAAAGUGCUAAAUAGAAACUAAAAACAUGUCAGGAAACAGGUAGAUGUUUUCAUUUCUGCUCCAGUUCAGUGGUGCUCACAUUUCCGCUAAUCUGCCAAUAGCAGUGCUGAUUUUUAGCUAUGCGCGUUAGUGGUUUUGCUAGCUUGAAAAUGUUUGGUGCACUUAGCCUAAGUAAAUUUUUCCAGAUAAAUCCCAAAUUGAUUAUUUACCGGGCUAUUUUGUAAACUUUCAGUUAAAUGAAGUUCAACAUUGUUGAAGUUUUGGUUAUCCACUAUUCAUUCAUGCUCUUAUUUUGAAGUGGGUGAAGACUGUUUAAUCUGCAGCUCCGUUUCUUUUCUUCACAUGCUCUUUUUUUCUCUCCCUCCCAAUAACUGUAUUUAAAGUAAAAACAAACAAACACAUGAACAAAAUAAAACAGUAGAGGUCAAGAUAUAAACAUAAAAACAAUAUGCAAAGGCAUAAUACAGCGACUUAAAUGUGUGUAGCCCCUUCCUGGUUUCCUUUUUUUUUUCUUUUUUUUUUUUUUGCAUGUUUGUGCGAGCAAAUAUUUGAUUUACGUGUUUUGACUACAUGCUAAAAUCACAGCACCAUCUGGUGGCCUGACAUGACAACUACAGCUGAUGCAGGGUGUCUUGGCUGUAGGGUUCAAAUGUGGAACUUUUCCCCAAUCAACAUCUGAAAAUGUCUCAUGUAAACGUAGCUUUAGUCACAUGGUUGGUACAAUCAAACAGUCUCCUUCAUUUGGCUCCUGCACUGAUAAAAAGUAAUUGCAUCUGGCACAUAUUGUCAUAAGUAACAUUCAGGUGGAACAUUUUAAGAGACAAGUGGUUUUCUUUUCUAUUUAUUAAUGAGGUUUGCUGUUAUCAGUAGACAUUUUUUACCUGAUGUACAGAAAAAUUUAAAUCCCACAGCAAAUUUUCCUACUCGACGUACUCCGUGUCUCUCCAAAACAAAAACCUGUCAUCACCUCAGUGGUUUAGCUGCUGAAUCCCUGCUAGAGAAAUCUGUCUUUGCUUUGACACACACCGCGUUGCAUUUCAUCCCGUACAUUUGGGAUGUUUGUUAUCAUUCCAGCUGUUUUAUAAUCCUUUCAAAAAGAGAAACAUUUUUUUUUUGCUGAAUAAGAAAAAAAGAAAUCCAGCCUCCUCAGCUACCUAUUAUCAAGAAUCUCAAACACUUUUCUUGCACAGAUCAAAGCAGAGUGCUUACUCCUUCUUUUUCUGCGGUCUCAGUAAGCAGCUUCAGAUUCAUUUGAUGUAAUACCUUUGGAAAGGUCUUUUCCUCAAACACAUUUUACGUUAACAAAAGCAGGCAGUUGAGCUGUCCUAUCCCAGACGAGAUGUCAUCGUUCGUAUACUUGAGCGCCUCUCUGUUUGAGACAGAUAAGACUCUGAAGGCAAUUGUGAGGUUUUUUGUUUUUUGGUUUUGUAACUCUUAAAAUAUAUUUGUUAUCCAAAAUGCUCCCACUUUAACGGGUAACAUAAGUUGUUUUCAUGGUAAAGAAGUAGAAAUCUUUUUGCAGCUGCCAGCUGUCAAGAAAUAUGCCUGAUUUAAACACGUUAGCAGAUACAUAGUGAGUAAACUUUGACCCAGAGUAGCAUAUUUUUAACAUCUGAGACAUCCACAUACAUACUGCUAUUGCAGGUAGCUAUGGCAACCUUGCAAAUCGCACUAAUUGGUCGUAAGUUGUACACAGUUCAAAUCAUUCAUCUCUGUAAUUGUUUUGUCUUUAUUUUUAUUAAAACUACAUCCUAAUUGCCUGUGUAGUUGCAUGGAGCACGGCAGCUGCUUACUGCCACAUUCAAAUUAACUGAUAAGAUUUAAAAGAUGUCGAAAGUCAAAUUUCCAGUUCGUCCAGGAGUUACAAACUUUUUCCGACUGUUUAUGAUGUUUUAUUUCUUUUUUUUUUUUUUUUAGAGAGAGAGAGAAAUCUGAAUUCAUUUAGCAGAUCAAACAAAACAAGGAAUCUCAGUUUGAGUCGUAGUGAUUGGUGAAUAUUUUGCAUCACGUCAUCUCUUGUCCUUACAAAGUCAUAUUAGUUAGGUAAGAAUUAUCUAACAUGGAAAGAAACACGACAAUUUGAUUUGAUUUCUUAACAAAACCUAAAUCAAAUUGAAAAUGUUAUCAGAAAAACUAAUGAACUAAUCUUACUCGCUUUAGCUUGAGGUAAUCAUUCCCCUCAAUAACCUUAUCAGUCUGCCUUACAUUAAUACUCUUUUCACCAGCAUCCUUCUAGUUUAAUGAAGAUUACAUGUAUUUGUUUUUGCGCAGCUCUUUUAACUGCAACAUUUUAUUCCACUUCAGUUUUGGAGGGUUGUGUCUGGGUUUUGAUUUUUCUUUGUUUCAAGGGUUUGGCUGUAGAUUGCCUGUUGUUUUCAAUCACUGUCCAAUGAUGCAGAUGAUUCAGUGGUCUAUGCUGUGGAUUUUACAGAGCAGCAAUAUCUCCAUCCUGACUAAACGACUUGGUUUCAUAAGCUUUGUGGUUAUUCAGGCAGUUGUUUUGAUUUGUUUUAAUUUAGAAAACAGUAGAAACACGGAUGUCAGAUCUCCUUUGAACUAUGUUUUUGUUAAAUUACCAAUGACACUGUGUAAUAUCCCAUGUUCUUUUGUCUACCUAAGAUUUAUAGAUUAUUUUAUUAUCUGUAAUUCUUUUUUGUUUUUCCAUAUAUUGUUAGACAUGAAAUGGAAGACUUAGAAAAGGGCAUGGUUUUUUAUUUUAAUUAGAUUGGAUUUCAUGUCUUUGACAAUUUAGCAGUUUUGCUUUUUUAAUUUUGUGAAAUAUCAAACGUUAUUUUAAAAUAAUAUGACAUCUGCUACAUAGAGGACCCUGUGUGAGACCCUCAUCAGUGCGGUGACACGCAGACGGAGGCUCUAGAUAAGAAAAUAUUCAUUAACCAACUGGUUUUACAUUUUCACACAUCUGCGCUAAUGGUCGGUUUUACUGUAUGAAACACAUGUAGAGUCACGUAUGCUGCCACUCACCCGGUCACCCCCACAUACACUGUAAUUUGUACUCCUUUGACAGCACCACCUAUUUUCUCCCCACUGUAAUCUGUUGCUGUAAUUGCCAGUAAUCUGUGUAUCUAGGCAACAGUUGGGCUUCAAGUGCUCUAUUUUGAACUCAGAACAAAGUCUCUCUCCUGAUUGGUCCUUCACACCACCAUCUCUCUUUAUCCUCACAUGUAUCAGAUUUGUUGUUUUCAGGUAUAAACAGUAGUAACGCUGAGGUAAAGGGAAAUUGCCACCUGUCCAGUUUUGUCCUCCUGGAGUUAACGGUUAACUCCAGGAGGAGUUAACCGUAGUGUCGGGAUAUGCUGCAGUUGUUCAGGUGGAUGUGACCGUGUUUCGUCGUUUGCCGUUUUAUUGUUUUCCAGAAAUAAAACUGGGGUUAGCAACAGCAGUGAAAAGCAAAGGACCAAAAAUAAAAUUGUAAUCUGCAUA